AGGACAUAUGGUGGUUGUGCUGUGGGUGCAAGAAGUUAAGUGGAACAGGGGAAGGAGUUUGACUAACAAGAAGCCACAGACAGUGACAAGGAUCUUUCUUGAAGCGGGAAAUGUCUUUGCGACAAGGAGGACAGACCAAGCUGGCAUUGAUGCCCAGUGUUGUGCCCUACAAGAUUCAUCCCUCCAUGACAUGGGCGUACAUAGAUUUGUGUGUACUUGAUUGCAUAAACUGCUGGCUGGCUUAUUUGUGGUGUAGUGAAUGCCAGCCGUCUUUUGCUUGAGCUUCUAACUGUGUUUAACUAUAUAGUUUUCAUGUAUAUUGGCUUACCAACUGCUAUAGCGCUUAUACAAUGUCUUCCUUGAGGUUACUGCUGUUUGCACAACUAAUUGGCGAGCGGGAGCGAGCCAACCUAGUCAUUCGUUCGAGCGGAAUUUCCUAUAUAUAUAAUUAUUGCCGAGCGGGAGCGAGCAAACCUAGUGGUCCGAACGGCGCGAUUUUUCUAUAUAUUAUACGACUGCUAUACGACU